GGGUUCGUAUUGAAGUUCCAAAACAAGAAUUGACAGAGACACUUUUACAAGAAUAUUUGGAAUUGGAAAGAAUGGCAAGAAGAUUGGAGAGAAAACAAGUGUUAAGCAAUUGGGAAAUUAAAAAUCACCUUGCGGAUGAAGCAAUGAAAAAGCUUGUUCACUUGGAGGCAAGGCACAAAGAGUUGAAAAAACAAACGGAGAAAGCUCGAGCAGAUCUUGAACAUUUGGAACAACCCUCGAUUCGAGCCCACCUUCGACAACAAGGGAUUUAUCAGAGUAGACAUGAAAAGGCGAAGGAAUUGGUUGAUUCGGCUAUUGUUAAAGAGGAGACUUCAUUUAAAGAGUUAGCGACAAUUAAGGCAGAAUAUUCGCGUGCACAACUUGUUGCCAACCGCUAUCGUGAAAAAUGUGAGAAACUUGAAAAAGCACAUCAAAAACAAGAAGAAAUUUAUUGUUCGGUCAAUGGUUCUUCCGAAUAUAUGGAUCUUGUAGCCGUAAGGGAGAUGGAAUCCGCACAAGAAUGGUUGCAGAGGGUGACACUAGCAAAAUUUAAGUGGACGAAUGGAAGGUGUUUUAAAAUUCUUAAUGACUUCCAAGAUAAGAUACCCUCAAUUAAGGAACAUUUUUUAAAAGCUUGGUAG